UUGAAACCACGCACCACAAGUCACUCUCUCGCAGACUCGCAGAGCCGCUCUUUUUGCCCAGUGAUCAUUGCGAUGUGGCAGGCAUGGCGUUUGCGCCUUAACACACCUUCACAUUCGUGCUUCAGCAUCUCACAGCACCCUCCUCGGUGCCAUGAAGCCGUCGGACAUAUCGGCGCUGUUCAUCUUGCUAGGCUGCGCAGGAGCCUUGCACCUCGACAGGGCCGAGCCUCGCGCGGCGACCGCCACUGACGCAGCUGCCACCUGGGAGAAGCAGGCGGCGCAGUCGACCCUGACAGUGGAAUACCCGAUUGUCGGCGGCGGCGGUGGCGGCGCUUCCGGAGGCGGCGGCGGCGGCGGUGUGCUCCAAGGGUCGGGUCUGGUCAUGUUUGUCGACGAAGUCAUCACGGUUGGCGCAGGCGGUCUCGGAGGUUCGGGGGGCAGCGGCACCACUGCGGAGGCGACGAACGGAGGAGAUUCUUCGAUCGGCUCUCUGGUGGCAUAUGGCGGUGGCAAGGGUGCGGGGGGCAGUUCCAGGACUGCCUCCAGCGGGGGCUCAGGCGGUGGAGGCGCCUACGAUCUGCCGAGUGUUGCCUACGCGGCUGGGGUCGCGGGACAGGGCUACCGGGGUGGGCGCAGCGACAGUGGGGGGGUACGGCGCAGGCGGUGGCGGCGGCGGUGCGGGCGGCGUUGGGAGCGACGCGCCCCAACAGCACUACGGAGGAGAUGGUGGCGUUGGAGUGGCGUCGUCGAUUUCAGGCAUUUCUACGUAUUACGGCGGAGGCGGUGGCGGUGGCGUCAACGCAAACUGCGGUUGCACCACUUAUCCAGGAGGGGCCGGCGGCCUAGGGGGCGGCGGCGAUGGAAGUAGUUACGGCGGUGGUGGCGGCGCUUACUUCAAUGGCGAAGAUGGGCAGGCAAACACUGGCGGUGGUGGCGGCGGCACGGAUCCUGAGUCUUCCUUGGCUGGCAAUGGAGGGUCUGGCAUCGUGAUCAUCAAGUACCUGAGUUCCACCCCGUUGCUCCAAGGUGGCACAGUCACCACGAGCAAUGGCUACCAAAUUCAUACUUUCACAGCAACUGGAUCGCAGACGCCAAGUGCGGCGCCGACGCUGCUGAUGAAGCUGAGGGCGGGCUCCAAUACCUUCCAGUAUGACGCAAGCUAUUGGACCGACACCUCUGUGUUGAACGAAGCUGGCGGCGCUUCGGUCAGUGACUCUGACGACGAGGACGUCAAGAUGUCGGCAUUCAACACAGACCCGAUCUCCGCACUGACGUUGUGCUACAAAACGCUGGACAACUGCUACACGUACGAGCUUGGCGCGACGUACACCAGCGCAAAAACUCUCUUCAGCUCGGGAUUCAUCCGCAGCGAAAAUCUGGGUUAUGGCGCUGGAGCCGCCGACGCAGCGAAGCAGGCCUGGACAGAUCUGUUUUUGCCGCCGGGGACCCCGACCUGGUACGACGACUAUUGGAACGGGAACGGAGGCGGCAAUUGCAAUAUGCAGCGGCCAGGGAUCAACACCCAGUGCAAUGACAACAACUGGGCCCGCAUCGGGUACUGCGUGAACGUCCCUGACCAGAGCUGCCAGCCAUAUGAUGGCAGCGACGCCGACUCUCCUAUUGGGAUCGGGCUGAAGACGCAGAAUUGGCCCAACAAUGUCAAUGCCCCUUUCGGGGAAUACUUCAUACACGGCGCUGGGUCGUCUGGCGUGCAGCUCUUCCAACACCAAGCAUGGCUGCUCGCAGGAUCGGCUACUACCGCGGCUUCCCCAAAACGCCCUCUCCGACGGCCUCCCCGACGCCCUCCCCGACGGCCUUCCCGACGCCCUACCCGACGCCCUUCCCGACGCCCUUCCCGACGCCCUACCGGACGGCUUUCCCAACGCCCUACCCGACGCCGAGCCCGACGCCUAGCCCAACGUAUCCUGUCGGUUGGCCGACGCCGCAUCCGACGUUUCCUCCAGGGGCUGCCAUGGCGGGCGGAGCCGGCGGUGCGGCUGCCACUGGGGACCCCCACCUGCAGAACGUUCACGGUGAGCGGUUCGAUUUAAUGCAGCCAGGCAAGCAUGUGCUGAUUAACGUCCCUAGAGGAGUGCGCCCUGAAGAGGCAUUGCUUCGAGUGCAGGCUGAUGCGCGCCGAAUGGGUAGCUCUUGCGCAGACAUGUACUUCGUCGGUGUCAAUGUUACGGGGUCUUUCGCAGGGGCAAGGCGAGCUGGAGGGUAUCGUCACGCCGUGUCGACACGUGCAGUCGAGACUCCAGAAUGGGUUGCUUUUGGGAAGGUUGAGCUGAAGGUCGUUCAAUGACACACGCAAAGUGGCAUCAGCUACUUGAACGUUUACGUGAAGCAUUUGGGACGGGCAGGUUUUGCAGUCGGAGGCCUGCUGGGAGAGGACGACCACAACGACGUUAUGAUUCCUCCACCAGGUUGUACCCAUCAUGUGAGUCUUGUGGACGCUGAUCUGGGAGUGAGCGGCAAGGGUCCUUCCGUGUCUUCGGCUGCAGUGGCAUAUUUUUGAUAAUAUCCAGUUGCUUGCGGCAAAUCCGCCAGCGUGCCAGCGAAGCAUUCUGCGUGGCAGCCCUGAUCUCAUUGUUAGGACGGCCGUCAUACGUGACACCUCUCGUGUCGAUUUCUUGAUGAGCUCCAAUGGGUCUUAUUUCGAC